UCCAGAUGAUAUUUCUUACACGAAGUACUCCUGGACUUAGGAUGAAAAGGAAAUGUUCUUUCGAAUCACAGCGCGGAAAGGUCUUUUAAAAAAUAUUCUAAAAUCUCCAAAAUGCUUUAGUAUUCUCCGUAGAGAAAAAUCAAGCUGGAUGGAAACUCUAAAAUCCACAAUUGUCGGCACAAAUGUGCCAAAAGUUCGUCAAAUUGGUGACCCAGUACUACGAGAGGUCGCCCAACCAGUUGAUCCAAUUACCAUCCAGACAGCCGAUUUUCAAAAGCUUCUUGAGGUAAUGAUUAAAACAAUGAGAUCACAUCAAGCUGUAGGCAUUGCAGCGCCACAGAUCGGAGUUGGAUUGCAAGUUUUUGCUAUGGAGCACACGCAAGGUCAUAUGAACCGACUGAAAGAAAUGGGUUUCACUUUGGAAGACCUCAGACAGAAACAAAUGGAUAUAGUUCCACUGAAAGUUUUCAUUAACCCAGAAUUGAAAAUUACCAAUUCUAAAAUGGUUGCAUUCAGAGAGGGGUGCCUCAGUCUUGAGGGGUUUUCAGGUGUUGUCCCCCGUGCACUCGAGGUAGAGGUGAGAGGGCUGAACGAGAAUGGUGAAGCUGUGUGUUGGAAUGCAUCAGGAUGGCCUGCGCGUAUUGUUCAACAUGAGAUAGACCACUUACGGGGGAAUAUUUAUAUAGAUUCAAUGACUUAUAAAUCAUUUAUGAAUAAUAAGUGGAACGAUUUUGUAGAAUAAUAUAGUUGAAAACGAACACAUGUUACAAGUUAGUACUCCAUAAAAUAUAUAGAGGUCACUGAGAACAGGUUGCUAGUCCUUAUUAUAUAUAGAGCUCACCAAACUAGAAGUAAAGAUGAGCAUAAGAUGAGUUUUCAAUCUAAGAUUUUUUAGCUAAUAACUAUCUGAAACAAACAAUUUUAAAUCAAGUUUUAAUACCAUUUGUUCAGUUUGUGUAUAGAUCUCAGUUGUAACCCAACACCUUCACUUUCAAUGUUUAAUUCUCAUAGACAAGAGCAAUGGGGAUAUUAAACAGUUACAAAAUAACAAAGGAAGAGGCAAAUCGAUUUUUUUUCUUAGGAAAGCGGAGAUUUAACCCAG